AUGUCUGAGGAGCUUGUGAGAUUACAAACAAUCGAGUUCAAGUAAGAAAUAGAGAAGCGAUAUGCAAAGAGUCGUCAUAACCAUAAUUAUGUAUUUGAACGAGAAGGCAAUGAUUUUUCAGAUGAUGAUUCAUUAGAUUCUUUGAAAAAUAUUGGAAUAUACAAUUUAUGCAAACCAAUCCGUAAUAAAUCAAUGGAAACAGAACGUACUAUGCCUAAGACUAGCAAAACAUUAUUAAUACGAUUACUCAAACCUAAAAAACAACCAUCAGUCAAUGAAAAUAGAUCAAACAACAAUUCAUUAUAUAAAUCCAGAUCUCAAAGCAANUCAUCUAAUUAUGGUUAUUAUCUUGCUAUAUGUGGAUCCAAUCUAAGAAGACUUUAAAAAUAUAAUUCUUAAACUGAAUUUGCUUUUUAAUCUUUAAACAAUUUCUCAAAAUAAAGUAUUUAUCCUAUAUCCUUAGUCACUCUAUUAAUUAUUGUUGGAAGUGUUUAUUUGAGUUAUUUUUUAAAUGCUUCUAAGUCUUUUUGCAAUUACUAUGAUUUCAUUAUUUUCAUUAAAAUAAUUGGUCAAAUAAUUUAAAUAAAUUUUAUUAGCCUAAAUGUAUGGAAAUAUUUGACACAUUAUAUAAAUAUGUAUAGAUUCUUUAAUUAAUCACUGUGUACACAUAUUUUCGUAUAAUUAAAUAUCACCCAAUUGUAUAUUAAAUUUAUUGAUUUUAUUUAUGUUAUUUCAAUACCUAUUUCUUAUACAUAUUAAAAAUCCUACUGA